AUGAUCGCACCGGCCUGCCUGUCGGACCCGAUUCGAGACUUGCCAGUUGCAUUAAUUCAUUGCCGAGCAGCUGUACCCACCAGCACUUUGCAAGUUGAGGAUCUUGUCAAAGGAGUAGCCUGCGGCAUAACAAUAAAAGGAGAUGCGAUCCGAGGUGUGUACACCGUUGAUUUGAAAGAAGUUCCCAAAGUCGAAAAUGAGACUGGAACUGCUACGCAGUAUCAGUCUGAGGUACUUGAAAUGUACUACCAAAUGAUUCGUGAUAUAUAUGAAAAUCAGUGGAAGACAACUUUGGCUAUGGAAUCGAUGAACAUUGCCAACCGUCUUGUGGCUAUGGAUAGUCGUGGUCAAAGCCAUUUACCACUGUUCCCGAUGCAGCAGCAGUUUCCAGUGAUACCGCCAUCUCUGUUCCCUUUGAUGGCGUCGUCGAUGCUCUUCCCACAGCUGCCAAUGACAAUGCCGCCAUUCACGUUGGUGCCACCGCAGUACCACCCUGUGAUGCCAUCGCUGAGCGCACUGCUAUCGGCGCAGUUAUCAAUGUUGCCGGCUCAGCUCGCAAUGAUGGCUUCGCAACAGCCGCAGCUGCCGGUGGUGUUACCGCCGUUUGCACUGCCACCGCAGCAUCUCCCAAUUAUGCCGCAAAUAACAGCACCACCAGCGGCAGCAGCAGCAGCAGCACAGACAUCAGUGCAAGCAGCGCAGAUACCAGCACAGCCGCCAGUGCAAGCACCGGUACAGCCGGCGCACAAAAAAUUGCCCUCUAUUCGAAGUCCCACUUUGCCGCCCUCUCGAAACACAGCACCGGAAAGAAAUGAAAGUUAUGGCGCACUGGAAAGUAACAGAACAGGCGCUCGUAAAUCGAACUGUUUCCGCACACACAAGUUUCAAGAGAAGGGUUCGCAUCGUCCAACGAAUGAGUGGCAUGUUGGUAACACAUCGAGUCCUAAAGUAUCAUCUUCAGCGGCCAAGAAUAAAAAACGAGGAGCGCUAACUACUACUGUCGGUGGUGAUGAUCGUAAAGGCAAGAUGCAGAAAGUAAGACUCACAAGCUGGGAAAAAAAGCCAGCUGUUCUGCACAGGCGAGACUCUAGCGAAGAGUGCUUGAUCGUCUGUUCGUACCCAUACAAAAUGUUUGGUAAAGUGAUUGGUGUGCAAAGGCAUCAUCGUGACGGUGAGUAUCGUGUGUGUGUGGGGAAUACAUUGCUUGCUUCUAUAACGUUUAAAGCCGUCGGCAUUUGA